AUGGACAUGGAGGCCAUUUUCCAGAACUCCACUGACUUCAUCCUCUUGGGCCUCAUCAUGUAUCCAGCAUUCCCAGGUCUUAUUUUUGCAGUGAUCUUCUCCAUCUUUGUGGUGGCUAGCAGCAACUUGGUCAUGAUUCUGCUCAUUCACAUGGACUCCCACCUCCAUACACCCAUGUACUUCUUGCUUUGCCCUAUCAUGGACACGGUCUACAUCUGUAUCAUAGUCCCCAAGAUGCUCCAAGACCUCCUGUCCAGGGAAAAGACCAUUUCCUUUCUGGGCUGUGCAUUUCAGAUCUUCUUCUACCUGAUCCUGAUUGGAGGAGAAUUCUUCCUGCUUGGCCACAUGGCCUAUGACCGGUACGUGGCUGUGUGCAAUCCUCUGCGGUACCCUGUCCUCAUGAAUCGCAGGGUUUGCUUGUUCAUGGUGCUGAGUUCCUGGGUUGGUGGCUCCUUGGAUGGAUUCAUGCUGACACCUGUCACCAUGAGCUUCCCCUACUGCAGGUCACGAAAGAUCAAUCAUUUUUUCUGUGAGAUCCCUGCCAUGCUGAAGCUGUCCUGUAUAGAUACGUCACUCUAUGAGAACUUGAUGUAUGCUUGCUGUGUGCUGAUGCUGCUCAUGCCUGUAUCCGUCAUCUCAGUCUCUUACACACGCAUCCUUGUCACUGUCCAUCGCAUGAGUUCUGCUGAGGGCAGGCACAAAGCCUUCGCUACCUGUUCCUCCCACAUUAUGGUAGUGAGCAUCUUCUACGGGGCUGCCUUCUAUACCAAUGUGCUGCCCCAUUCCUACCACCCAGAGAAAGAUAAAGUAGUGUCUGCAUUCUACACUAUCCUCACCCCUAUGCUCAACCCACUCAUCUACAGCCUGAGGAAUAAAGAUGUGGCUGUAGCUCUAAGGAAUGUUCUGGGAAGAUAUGCCAUCUCCCAGAGAAUUGGAGUAGGGGAUGUUUCUAGGAAAUCCUAA